AUGGAGGGAGGUGGCGCCAGCAGGGCGGGCUCGCCGGAGGAGGCGAGGCGGGCUCGGGAGUCUCACCUGUGCCGCAUCUGCAAGAGGGGCUUCACCACCGCACAGGCGCUCGGAGGGCACAUGAACGUCCACCGCCGCCGCGAGGCCAAGGCCGAGGCACCGCCGGCUGGCGCUCAGGUCGACGGUGGCCGCGCCGGUGGGUCGCAGAAGGCAGCGGGUCCCGUGGGCAACGACGAGCUGGACUUGGAGCUGAGGCUCUAG